AUGGUGGGCAAGAAGUCGGGCAGAGCGCAGCUGAGGCAGGAAGGCCUCGAGCGGACCGACAACAACAUGGACCUCUCGUCGUGGCCCCAGGUGGGCAUGAUCAACCAGAAGAACUACUACACCGAGUUCCUCAAGCGCGACGAGCAGUUCCUUGCCGUGCGCUACCCCAAGGACGAAGAGCGCGCCCGCCUCGUCCAAGAAGCCCGCGACAAGGACCGCGCCCGCGCCCUGGGCGUGCCCCAAGCUGCAGAGGGCGCCACUCCGCUCGCCGACGACGCCGCCGAUGAGGUCGACGCCUCGCUGGACGCUGCCAGGACCGACAUCUCCAAGCUCAUCGUCAUCCAUCCCGGCAGCCAGAACCUCCGCAUAGGCCUCGGCUCCGAUGCCCUCCCCAAGACGAUACCCAUGGUCAUUGCCCGCAGGUGGCACGAGUGCGAGUGCGAGGAGGACGGCGGCGAACCCAGCCCCAAGCGCAUCAAGGUCGAGGGCGCCGUGCCCGCCGACGCCCUCCCUGAGAAGUGGUUCGGCGAAGACUUUGCCGACCAGUACAUGGCCAUGUCGUCAGAGCUGCGCACCAGAAUGCGCUCCAACAAGCGCAGAGUGCUGCCCAACUCAAAGGAUCUCGUCACCAACUACAACCGCCGCACGCCUCCAGACGUCAUCUCCGAGCACAACGACAUCAACCGCAUCGACUUCACCGAGAUCCCACAAAACCCCGGCAAGGCACCGCACUUCUACACGGGCAACGAAGCCCUACGCAUACCCGAGCGUUCGAACCCACGCUACAAGCUGUUCUGGCCGCUGCGGCAGGGCACCUUCAACGAAAGAGAGUAUGUCGACCGCAACCAGAUCUACCACGACAUCUCCAAGAUCUACGAAGAGGCCUUCAGGAAACAGCUGGGCAUCACCAGGAUGAAGGACCUGGUCAACUACAAGUGCGUACUCAUCAUACCGGAUCUGUAUGAGCGCACCUACGUGACCAUGAUGCUCGACAUUCUGAUACGGGACCUCGGCAUUGGCAAAGUCUGUCUGCAACAGGAGAGCUUGUCCAACUCGUUUGGAGCCGGAUCUGGCACAAUGUGUGUAGUCGACAUUGGCGCGCAGAAGACGUCCAUCUGCUGCGUCGACGAGGGUCUCUGUGUCGAGGAGUCUCGCGUCAACCUGAAGAUUGGUGGGGCGGAUAUCACAGAAACCUUCAUCAAGAUGAUGCUGUACGGCCACUUCCCAUACUCCGACAUCAACUUGAAGAGACGCUACGACUUCCUACUUGCCGAAGAGCUGAAGCAGAAGUUUUGUUCCAUGGACGAGGGCUCGGUCACAGUGCAGACAUGGGACUUCCACCUACGAGCUUCGGGCCAGGACACACGAAAGUACAUGUUCAAGACAUAUGACGAGACUAUGCUCUCCGUUAUGGGCCUCUUGAAGCCUUCUAUAUUCGACAACUCGCGGAAGCUAGAGGGCCGCAGGACAGUCGUUCCUCGCUCCGUCGAUCUCUACGACAGUUCUCCCAAUGACCCCAUCUCAGCAGCUCAACUUGUCGUCCUCGAGCUUGCAGCUGGUAGAUCAGCCUCAGCAGCCAUCAAUGGCACUCAAGAACCCACCAUUGCUGCAACCCCCCAAAAACUUCCGCCCUUUAGCCUCCUCGGCUGCCUCAACGACAACGAAGGCACUCCUCGCUCCUCUGUCGCAGGCUCCCCCGGCCCGGAGGGGACAGGCACACCCAACCCAGACCGCGACACACCCAUGGGUGACACAGAUGCGCCCGCAGCCGGCCUCAUCUUCCGCGACCCCGUCCUAGAGAAAGUGAAGAUCGCCGAAGAGCGCGACAAGAUCGUACCCAUCAUCCCGCUGGACCACGCGAUCCUCGAGUCUCUCGCACAAGGCGCACGCGGCGACGACCGCAAACUGCGCGACUUCUUCGGCGGCAUCGUGCUCGUGGGCGGCGCAUCCAAGACGCCCGGCCUGCGCGAGUUUGUCGAGCAGCGCCUCCGCGAACUGCGUCCGGGCUACAACAAGGAAAUCCUCCUCGCGCCCCCGCCCCGCGAUCUCGACCCCCAGGUCAUUGCCUGGAAGGGCGGUAGCGUGUUUGGACGGCUGUCUAGCCAUGGCAAUGAUAGCUGGAUCAGCAAGUACGAGUACGACAUCCUGGGCAGCAGGCUGUUGAAUAACAAGUGCAUGUUUGCUUGGUAG